AUGACGCGAACGCCCCGAUGCACGUGCGAAAUCGCCGCCGUUCGUGUUGCAGUUCAGCCCCAAUUUUCCACGGCUGAUCUGUGUCAAACUUCUUUUCGAACACAUGUGUUCUCUGGAUUCGAAGCUAGUCCUAAAGGCGUAAAGGAGAACCUACUUGGUGUUGCUACACUUCCUAUGACAGCAACUAUUGAUCUGAGGUUACCUUUUGUAGUUGAGAUUUUUGCUUUUGUAUAUGUUGUUUAG